AUGGCGACCAAUGCGGAGCCCACGAAAACCCACAGUGGUCGACAGACCAAACCCCCGGCGAAAUACAACAACAACGGGUCUCUCGGCGCCGCUGUAGGCGGCGGUGGGCUGGCGCCCACCGCGAGUCUCCUCCCUGGCUUCACCGCGUCUCGUUCGACCAGGGGGGUCGCUGUCGCCACCAACAACCAGAGCGAGGGCGGAGCUGUCAGCUCCGGUCGGGUGGCGCCCACCGUCCGUGCCUCGUCGGGCAAGGGAAAAGGCAAGGCGCUGGAGGGGGAGCAGCACCUCGAUGCUGAAGUGCAAGCCAUCAUGAUUGACUCCCGUUUUUGUUCCGACACCGGGUCCGAAGAAAAAGCAGCAAGCGAUGCCGACGUGGAGGGCGGCGGCGGCAAGGACGAUGGCGGCAGCACCAACGAAGACAGCGACAGCGAGGAAUUUAGUCUUCAUAACCCUCGUCAGGGUCGGGUCCUCGGCAAGGUAGCAGGCGGAGCGGGUGCGGGCCGGUCGAGCGGAUCGAGCGGAUCUCGCAGCAGCUCCCCCGUCGAAGCGGGGGCGCAAAGGCUCAGACAGUUCCAACAAUCGCUGAAGCGUCACCGCGGCAGGAGCUACGACCAGUGGGCGGCGUACCUGCUCAAGGAGGCCUGCGGACUGCGGAAGAUCAGCGGGUACUCGAGGUCGUCAGAUACGACCGCCAUGGCUAAGGCGCUGACGCAGCUGGACGUGGUCAUGGAAAGGGACAGCCCGUACUUCGAUGAUUUGGAAGACAGGGCAACAGGCGGAACGGCACCCUCGAAGCCACCAGCCUCGGCGGCGGAGGCGCAGCGAGUUCCACAGCACCUCAUUGCGGCGCUACGUGCUGCAAUCAACGCCGGCGCCUCCCCCGCGCCGACGAAGAUGUACGACUGCGGCGACAAGUCGUACACGGCUGCCGCCAUCAUGGAGGCGAUGAAGGAGGAAGAUAGGCAGAAUGGGGCUGACAACAGCAGCAGCAUCGGACAACGGAGGAAGAGCAAGCACUGCGUACCUCGCUUCUGUGAGCUACUGAUGCACCAGCAGUUCAGGAAGAGGUUCUGCGAGAGUAGGACGCAGCUGAGCAGGAGGGAGCUCGACGCCAAGCAGACGGGGACGAAUCGGGAUAUUCAUCUCGAGCUGUGGGAGGCGUUCAAGGAUGAGAGUUUCGAGCACCUCAUUGCGGCGCUACGUGCUGCAAUCAACGCCGGCGCCUCCCCCGCGCCGACGAAGAUGUACGACUGCGGCGACAAGUCGUACACGGCUGCCGCCAUCAUGGAGGCGAUGAAGGAGGAAGAUAGGCAGAAUGGGGCUGACAACAGCAGCAGCAUCGGACAACGGAGGAAGAGCAAGCACUGCGUACCUCGCUUCUGUGAGCUACUGAUGCACCAGCAGUUCAGGAAGAGGUUCUGCGAGAGUAGGACGCAGCUGAGCAGGAGGGAGCUCGACGCCAAGCAGACGGGGACGAAUCGGGAUAUUCAUCUCGAGCUGUGGGAGGCGUUCAAGGAUAAGAUUUUCGAGGUGCCCAGUUCCUUCGCAGACGACCACCACAUUGUUGGGGCCGGCAUUAACCCCAACACCGUACAUCAGCCGGACAUCACCUUUCAGAAGUUCACGACGAUGAGGACGGAGUUGUUCAAGGACCACGGGGAGAUGUACUCCAACUACAAAAAGUCCGGGAGCAAUGCAGAGAUGUACUCUUUUUGCAAGGAAAGCUUGGACACGUACUACUUUGGGCUGACUACGGAUAAGUGCCCUGACAUCCUGGCGGUCUGCGACCAGAUGCUCCCGGAUGGCACCGCGAGCGAGAACACGGGGGUGGAGAGGGCGGGAGACAAGAAGAGCGGCACCGACGGUGCUGCCGCGGACGCCGGUAAGCGGAAGGCCGCCAAGGUAGAGUCGAAGGAGAGGAACGCGGCCGUGAGCGGCCGGGAUAAGAAGCAGAAGAGGCAGGCGGAUAUGAUUGCGAGUACGGCGAAGGCCGCGAUGGAGACGAUGUUACCCACACUCGGGCUGGGCACGUCCUCCGGGCCCGCGUACACAGACGCUCCAACAUCAUAUUACGAGACCAAGGACGGGAUAGAAAGCAAGGCGGCGAAAACCGACCUACGCACCAAGCUCCGCAAAGAGCUCAAGGAAAUCAAGGAGGAUAUUCGGGUUGAGGAGGCGCGGGGGAAUGCCGCUAACAAGGAAGACCUAGAGCUGUUACGAAUGCAGCAUUCCUCCGUAAGGGCCCAGCUUUUUGAGUUGCUGUCGACACCCAACUGCGGAGCAGAGUUGAUAAUAUAG